CUGAUCCCCACGCCCCGAGCGACGUGAAUGCUUAAGAGCUUAGGGGUAGCCUCCAAUACUGAUGUGAAGAGGCGCUCUGCCAAACAGAAACACCUCCCCUGAACAGCUCUCGCUCACGGCUGGAUUCCUGCGGCAUGACCAGCUUUGCCCCGAAAGGGCCGCAUGUUUGGGCGAGGAUUUUUGGCUCAAGAUCUUUUCCAAAGCCUUUCAGUUCGCAAGCCCGUUGCCGCUAUAUAGCUGUUUGCAAGAUGUCCGUCAGUGCUGAGGAGGUGGCUAAGCACAAUAAGGACAGCGACUGCUGGGUGAUUGUGGGUGACCAAGUGCUUGACGUCACGGCUUUUCUGAGUGAACAUCCCGGCGGCAAAAAAUCCAUUAUGAUGUUUGCCGGCAAAGAUGCGACGGAGGAGUUUGACAUGCUCCAUGAUCGCAAGGUCAUCAAGAAGUAUGGCCUGGAUGAGGGCACAGUUGUGCUGAAGGGCACCAUCAAGAAGUGAAGAAGUGAGGGGAGCUUGUUUGCGCUGCAAGUGCUGCAGCCUCCUCAUUUGAUUGCACACUUGUCACUUGUCUCAGCUUGUGCUGUUGUGGCAGGUUGCACUACAGACACACCAGCGGUGCAGUUUGAAAGAA